CCGGUUCCUUUGCGGUCUUCUUUUCUACAUCUUCAUGAGGAAUGGUCGAAGAAUAUGUAUCCCUUAAUUCAAACUCUGUACUUGCAGUAUUUUUAACAGGUAUAGAAGCCUGAACUUGCACGGGAGUGGGCUCAGGUGCAUCAUACUUCUGAGUUUCUAAAGUCCGAAACAACAAAUUUACAAAUCCUUGUGUUUCUGUAAAAUUAUGAAGAUCUUUUAACAUUACAAUAAAAACAAUUAUGAUUAGAGUGUGUUAAUAUAUAAUUCGACUGAUAAGUAAUUUAUAAAUGAUAAGAGAAUAAUAAUUUACAUACCUUUUUGCAGAAAAACUUCUAGCUGACCAAUCAUACUGGUCCUCAGCUCUUCGACAGGUUUAUCUUUUUUCACAAGAGCAUAGACAUACUUGGCGAGAGCUGCAGGAUCAGCAUCACAACUAAUGAAAUAAAUAUGAAGUUAAAUGUUAGGUAAGAAAUUAAAAGGAGAAAUGAUUCAUUAGUGUUAAUACUGACCCAUCAAUAAUAUGAGAAAUAUAAUUGAUAUGACACUCAAAAUAGAUACACCUAAUCUAUAUAUAUAAAUUUUGACAAGCAGGGGGCAUUUUAAUAUGUGGGAGUAAGAUCUAAUUUAUACCAUACUGACAAUAUUAUUCGAAAUACUUAUGCAUUAAUUAUAUCCCCAAAAAUAAUCCCUAACAAUUAUAUACAUUAAAAGAAACAAAAAUAUAGAUACUUCGAUCUUCCAAAUGAAUCUUUUGUCCACAACUGGAUUAUAAAAUGUUAUUUCAGAAUAGGAUCAUUAAAACUUGAAUGCAAAAAUAGACUAUAAAACAUAUCUGAAAGAUGUCAAUAUCAAGAGGAACAACAUUACUUUUUUGGGAUGGAUAAUACUUUCAAUAUGAUAAUAUCCAGUACUUACAAAUAAAUAUUUAUUAUGCAUAUCCAAUUUUAUUUUUGAUAUUCAAACAACAAUUAAAAACGCGAAUAGCAUAGAAAAUUUCAACUUAAAAAGUAUCCAAACAUAAUGUAAAUCCAAUUAUUAAUUUAAGAAAUAUAAUAGGAGUGGUCAUGAAUUAAAAAGUAUACAUUUAUUGAAGCUAUACUAUUUGUAUCACUCUUUUUGGUCUCAUUAAUUGAGAACUAAAGAUCAAUAAAUAAAAAAGAAAUUUUAUCAUAAAGGUAAUAAUUCCGAUUUAUUAAAAAAAGAUUUUUUUUGGGAACACAAAUACACGUUAUGUAUUGAAUAAAUGAAGAAUGAUAUUUGUUAAUUUCGAUUUUCAGUUAACUAAUGUUGAUAAGUUAGUAAAUAAUCAACCAGAUUGUCCUACUUACAGAGGCUCCAACCUCGCUGUGAGCCAUGAUUUAAAACUCUCUGGAUCGUCAAUUAUCAUUCUGAAGAGACAGAAAACACUUUCACAGUAUUCUUUACAACAAAUACCGAUGACUAACUUGCUACUACAAGAAAAAUCCAAACUAUGAACAGCCAAAGGUCACGUCUAGAACAUAGCCACUACCAAACGAAUCAGCCUUGUUUGUAUCCAAUGGCUCCUGGAUAUAAAAUGUGUAUUUCCCCCUCCUCCUCAUGCUCGAUCACCUGGUAUCCGAGUUAGAGCCCUGUUAAGUAACAGGUAUCAUGUUAAGGUUAGGGGGAUGAAAAUUUAAUAACAAAUAUUAUAAAUUUUAAGAUAUGGCCGAAUCCUUCUUCGGUUUUGAUACUUCGUUAGAGGGUGAUACUUUAGAUGAGGGCAUUAUAUCUGAUGAUGAUGAAGGAGAUUAUGAUGCGCUUAAUGAUGAGACCUUUGGAGGUGAUGAUGUUUUAGGAGAUUGGGAGGAGGAUCAUGAAAAGUUAGCUGAAAUUACUGAACUUUCAAGGCAUCAUCAAAGUGUGCAUAAACAUCAAAAUGUUAUUCAUCACCAAAACAUCAUUAAUGAGAAUGGUGAUCUUAGUGCAAAGAUUGCAGCUUUUAUCCUCGAUGAUGAUCCUGAACCAUCUGAAAAGGAUUUUGAUAGAUUAGAUUUAUCAUCUUUACCUCGAACUCCUAGGCCACCUCCUGGAUUUUCCACUGUUACCAAUAAUAACCAUCUGAAAUCUGAAGUUCAAUUGUCUUUGCCACCGUUUAAGAAUGUAUGUACAGUAGAAGAAAUAGAAAGGAAUUUAAUCAAUCCGCCAGCUAAUAGCCUCCGUUUAGAAGAUAUUGAGAGGAAUCUUAUCCCUAAACCAAAUCUUCUUAAUCUUCACCAUGCACCAGGUUUUAUUUCCGUCCCAAGACACCAUCCUCUGCUUAGUAAUCAUUUGCAGAAGAUGCCAUCAGUGGCACCAUUUCCAUUACCAGCUCAAUUCCCUCCAUUUGCUCUUCAAGCUGGUGCACUGAGGAUACCACCUCCUCCUCCGCUUAUGAGGUUAGGUUCUGGUCGACCUGUGCCUCAAACAAGGUUGCCACUUCCACCACCGCAGUUGCCUGCACCACCAGGGGAUGAGUAUGCUGGGUUGAUGACCCCAAAGGAAAAACAAUGGCUUGCCUCUAUACAGCUCAUGCAGUUGUCAACUAAUAAUCCAUUUCAGGAUGACUAUUAUUACCUGAUGUUCCAACAUCGGCAACAAGGAGCCCAUGGUAGAAAGGGUAACAUCAAAUUAUUGCAAGUUCCAUCCCUUACCAAGCAUACUUAUACUCCUUUGCAAUUUGAGAAUUCAUUAGGGAAAUUGCAGGUUGGCAGUGUAAUGGCACCAAGAAAGAUAAUUGAUACAGAUGUAGUUGAAAGUGUCGAUUGUCCUGGUCAUGGUGUUACUGCAUUACCAUCUUCUCGGAAGAUUAAGCAGCUGCUUUUAGAAAUAGAACACCUAUUUUCUUCUAUUCUAUUGGCUGAAGAGGUUCUAUCCUCACUGGCAACAAAUCCACCUGAAAACGUCAAUCCUACUGAAGUUUUUACUAAAGCUGUUAAUGCACUUUUAAAAGAUGAUAAGCUUAGAACUGUCCUCAGUAUUAGAAAGGGCAAGAACCUAGUGUUAAGAAUACUUCCUCACACAGACGUUUCUGGUCCACUUGCUGAGCGCUUGAUCAUAGUGCUGCCGACUGUAGCAAAAAGGGACACAGAUCAGACCUUGUUGAGGGCUCUUCCUGCCGUUAGACAUUAUCUUGCUACAACUACUCUGAAGACUCUCAACACUCUUGCUUCUCACCUUCAGCCUCAUUUAGCCAUAUUACUGGAAAAUAAGUUAGGUGUUUCUGUGGUGGCCAAUAUGAUUGAGCGAGCAGAAUCAAUACUCACUGUCAAUCCUACAUCAGAAGUGAAGGAGACCUGGCUAAAGUUCCUGAGUUGUGUGGUCUCAGCUAGUUGUGAUGUUGAAACCGUUGAGAGACCAGUCGUCGGUAUUCCGAGCACUAUCCUUGGCAGGCAUCUUUCACGCUUACCACCUUCGAGCCAUUCUGCUGUCCUCUUGAAAGCCAUUUCUAAUACAGCCCCAUCGUAAUACCUGCCUUAUGAAUCUCAUUAAAUGGAAUAUAGCUAUUAAUGCCUAAUAUACAUUUGCUAAUUGUAAAUAAUUGGUGAUUUGUAAAUCUCUCUCUCUCUUUCUCCACAUCUUUUAUCUCUCUAUUGUUUUAUUUUAUUUUUAUUUUAUAUGGCCAUGAAAUUUGUUUUAUAUGUGCCAAUGAUAUUCAUGUCUGUAGUAUUUUGUUUUCUUUUAAAAGAGGCAUUGACUGAAUAGUUAACUUUUUCCUUCAUAAGCAAUUAAAAGCUAUUAAUGGUAUAAAUUUAGUGUAGUUAUGUUUAGUUAGGAUAAAGCCGAGCUUUGAUUUUAUAUAACUGCAAUGAAAUGUUUAUACAUUGUUGUUAAUGUUUUAUGUACAUGUUUUUUUGAUUUUUUUUUAGAAGUAAAUUUAAUAUUGUUUGCUUUUAUUUAGAGAUAAUGUUUUAAUUUUUCAAAUCGUUACAGGAAUGCAUUGGUUUAUUAUUAGAUCAUGGAGUAAAUUUAUUUUAAAGCCUGUAUAGAAAGAUAAUUUCAAUUUCCAGUAAAUAAUUUGUAAUAUGUUAAAAUACUGGUACAGCUUUUAAUCCAUUGCAUUACUUUAAAACCUGUUUCCUUAAUAAUUUAACUAGUCUUAAUAUAUAUAUACACAAAAUUAUAUUUAUGAUUUUGAUAUAAGUAUUUUUGUGUGCAUUUGUGUGUGUAUGAGUGUGUGCAAGUAAAUAUGUGCUGUUUAAUAUUUUUUUAUAUAUAUAAGUGCUUUUUUUUUUUCUAUAUUUUGUUUACUUUUACUAAAAAUUUGUUGGUUAAUAAUUAUUAUUUGUAAAAUGACAUUGAGCUUUUAAUUUUAUAUAGGUUUUGAUGCAAUAUAGUUACCUUUUCUGCAGUGAAUUAAGAAACUUCAGUUUUAUUAUUAAAACUGAUUUUCAGAACUAAUAGAUUUAAUAUUUUAUUCAGUAAUAAAUAGUUCCAUUAUAUUUUUUGAGGUAUAUGUAUAAAACCAGUGUAAUACACAAUACACCAUAUAAAUAUAUACUAAUCACAUUUUGUAUUAAUAGGAAAAUUAAAUUCUUUUCAUUUCGGUCAAAGCAAUCAUUCUUUUUUUUAGUACUUAAUCUUGGAAGAAUUUUGGUUUCAUGCAUUUUUUAUUUCUAAUAACAAGCUGUAAAUAGCUGAAGAAAAGUUACUUUUUUUUAUAUAUGUAAUUAAAUUAUGCCAUACAUGACAUGGAAAAAUGUCACAACUCAUAAAUUUUAAUUUUUUAAUAGAAAUCAUGAAGUAUGAAACUAAUUUAAGAAUUGUUUAUAACAUCUGCUUCAUAAUUUAAUAAAUAUUAAGGGACUAUGUUCAGUUGCUACUGAAACAUAACUUCAUAUCCACAAAGGAUUGACUUGAAAUGAUUUGAAAUUUGAUGAGUUUUUACAUUUUUCCAUCUCAUGUGUAUAUGUUUCAGCUUAAAGUUUAAAAAAUUUUGAUGUACAGAUCCCGCGACAAUUUUAUGCAUGUGUUUUAUAAAUCUUUUGUAUAAUAGAACAGAUUACAAAAGAUUGUUUUUACAAACUUGUAUGUAUUAAACAUAUUCUAAUCAUUGUUUGAUCACUUUUAAUUUCAAUCUAAGUUAAAAAUAAAAAUUUUUAAUAUUAAAUCAUUAAAUUUUUUAAACUUUUUAAUAUUUUAAUAAUACUUUUGCCUACAUAAAUUCGUGCUUCAAUUAGGGCUGAAAUUAUUACUGUAUAAUAUUACUUUUAGUCAGUCUCUUUACAUUAUCACUGUUGAUGAAGACAACCUUGGUAUGAUAAUUUAUGUGAGUAUUGAGCAAAGAGAAUCUUGAAACACAGAAAUAAAAUAGUUGAGAAAAUUAAAAAUAUUUUCAAUUUUACAUUUUAUUCAAUGUUCUAUGUGAAAUUAAAGCAUUUUAUAGUCAGAUGCUUGUUUACUAGUAUAAAAUUUAUAUUGUAACAUUUAUACAAAAUUUUAAUUUUGAUGAAAAAUGUUUUUUAUACUAAAAGAAUUUGAGUUUUAAUGGAAAAAACAAAAAUUCUCAUGCUUUCCUUAAUACUCAUGGUAGAAAUAACUUACACCAUAAGGUGGUAAAUAUAAUAACUUUAAAAAAUAUCCAAAUAAUUAUUUUUUUUUAUUACUUUCCUAUUGGUGUAGUUGUAGUUAUUUUGUAAAUGGUUGGACAUUAUAGAUUAUUUAAAUUAUUUUUAAUACAUUAAGAUGUUAUUUUAAGAUUAUUGGUAUUAUUGCAAUACAACUAAAAAUCAAUUUCCCACAUACUUCCUUUGGUUUAUGAAUGUUUGAAGUAACAAGUUUUUAGGCUAGAAAGGUGAUUUCAUUGUAAUUCAUUCAAAUUACAAAAAAUUCAAGAACUUUAUAUAGGUGGCAUUCAUUUUCCUGAUGAGCAUGCCGGAAAACUGAUUGCUUUUAAUAAUUGAGGCUCCUAGUUAAGUGGCAAGUAAAUAUUUUUUUUUCUAUUUAAAUAUUGAGGCACAACUCUUGUACAUUUGGUUGAACUCAUCUGUGAGUUUAAAAAUUAAAUUUAUUUUUACACUUGAGGAAAAUUUAACUUUUAACUGAGUUUUAAAAUAAUAUUUUUACAUAAUGUAAUUAAUAAUCAUCUAAUGAUUAAGAUUGCAUAAUUAAAUAAAAAGAUUAAAUAGUUAAGGGAAAAGUUUUAAAUGAAUAAAUAACAUACAAAAUUAAUUUUGAACUUGCCUUAGAUCCUAUCAUUCUCAGCGAACCCUACCUUUAGGCACAUAAAAUGCUAGAUACUUCAUCUUACAGACUAGGUGUGGCUGAAGGAUAAAAAAUUAGUUUUGUAGAUUGGUUUAAUUUGAUGACUAAUGGAAGCCAAUCUUAUAGAGUAAACAUUUAUAUUGCUCAACCAAUAACAAUCAAAAUUAACGUAAUUUCCUUAGCUCAAUGCCACAUGGUUUAUUUGUUUCAUAUAACAUUUUAUAACUUCUAUGUUGACAAUCCUUUUCUGUUGAGAGUGAUUUACAAAUCUUGGUAUUAGGCAUGGAAACGAAUCUUAAAGCCAUAUAGGAAUGUCAUAGAUCAGAAAGUUUUGGUUUAUAAAUUGACAAUAGAAAGUAUAAUUGGGAUUAAAGUUGUUAUUAACAGUACAAUAUAAAAUUUGUCCAUGAAUAUGUAAGGUUAGGGAGAUGGUGUUGAUAUUAUUGUGUUAAUUAUGAAUAUAUGUUAUAGAACACUACAUUUUAAUUGUAAUAAAGUAAUCUAAAUUUUGGUGAAAAAAUUUUUUAGUUAAAUUAUUAAUUCUAUCAUAGAGAAUAGGGAUAGAUGCUUUGAGGUUCGUUGCCAUCAUGAUAAAAUUUAUUAUUAUUUUUUAAAAUUUUUACUUGUAUUAUAAUGAUAUUUAAGUCAUAAUGACGUAUUUAUUUGUAAGUACUUUUGUAAAAAAAUAUCUGUUAACUAAACUUUAAUUGUUAAUGAAUUAAGCUCAUUGACAUAACAUGUGUUUAAAGUGUUAAUUUUUCUAUCAGGCAUUGUUAUUGAUUUCAUUUAUUUUAAAGUUUAUUCGUUUAUAAAUUUAUUUUUAAUUUGUUUCAAAUUAUUUUAUUCAUGUGGGGGAUUUGUAAUAUAUGAUCUUCUACUGGUAAUAGAAUAUAAAACCAUUGUCAGUGUAUUUUGUACUAUCAUGUUUUAAUUUCAUAUUGAAAAAAAAUAAAUAGAAAAAGUGAAAAAAAAUUGUAAAUAGUGUAUCAAAAAUGAAUAUAUAUGAUUGUAUAAAGUUUUCAAGACUACAUAAACUUUAUUUGAAGUUUAUUUAUUGGAUAGUUAAUUUUGUUAUAGAGAAAAGUAUACCAAUUAUUUAUAUUUAAUUACUUUUGUUAGUAAACUAAAAAAAAAACAACAAAAAAAACACAUCGAAUAAAACGAAUGAACUACU